AUGUCGAGGCCGCCGCCCCCGCCUCCGCUUACGCCCCCAGAGCUAUCCCCGUCUGUUUUCACGUACGAUGAUCGCAGGAGGAGUUUCACCGGCUUCACCUCGGAACUCGAUGCAUCUUUCUUUGAGCAGCCCAACCCAGACUACAUGUCGUCCACAGAGACUGAGACUGAGACUGAGAUGGCGACGACAACGGCGACGCAAAACAUUCAGACUACGAGGUCGUCACCGACGCCUCGGCCGCCGCCGAUUCAUGGAGAGAUCCUUGAGGAUGGAACCUUUCGCGAGAUCAAGGUGCAAGGCGAGAUCAUUUCGAUGCUGGACGGCAGCGGAGCCGGUUGGAAACGCCACACCAGAGUGUAUGGAGGCGGUGCUUGCCUCGCAUGCGCGGCAUCCUGCGACGAUGGUCACCACGGCGGCUUCUAUGGCGAGAACGUUCUGCCAGAAGAGAGACGCUACUAG